GUCAGGAAUUGCUUCAUCCCGUUUCGUGCGGCCGAUUGAACAUCUUCCACCACCAUUGGCAGGGCUUCAUUAUUUGGGGUAACUUUUAACCCUCAGGUCUCCAUCCCUGCCUGUCUUUACAGUACUAUACGAGCUACCGUUGUCGAGUCCUGCCGCCUCUAAAUUCGCUCUCUUGCUUCUUCCCCCCAGCAUGUUCUCACACUCCUUAGCACCUUGACAGGAGACCUUCACCCUCUUCCUAUAUAUCCAACAACAUGAAGACCUCAUACCUCACCCGCCGUGUCAUUCGUGCCAUCAUCAAUAACCGACCAUACACAACCGCUGGCUGCAAGCAUUUUUCUCCACGAGCUCAUAGGUCCCCUCUUGUCCCACUACAGCCAUGUCGGCAACAAACCCGAUCCAUAUUCGGCCUAAACCUCGGUUCCUCUUCGAAAGGCUUUCAAGACGCGAAGCCUACCGCAGAGAAUAUCGAGCGUGCCUUAGGGAACCUGGUCGAUGUUGUUAGGGCGAGGAGAUCCCACUUGAGAUUCCCUCCCGAUGACCAGACUGUUGAAUCGUUGAGGUUUCUUUUCGCCUCUCGAUUGGAGAACCCUAGACUCCUCACAAGCAAUGAAGUCCAUAUUAUCACUGAGGCCUUUGACCAUUUGCAUGAGAGGGGACGCAUCUUGUCCGAUGAGUCGUACAAUACUCUGCAAGAAGAAGACUUAAACAAUAUCCUCCUGGCUUUGGCGACGUCCACUGGAAAGGACCGAUUCCGAUCCGAUGCUCGGUCGUUGGCCACCAGCAUCUUCAAUCUUUUGCGCUCUCGUGUCGACGAUGUUCAAGCCUUGUCUUUGUCUUCGUCUCCAAACCAUCAUCCUGCUCAUGGCUCUCUUUUGGUCACCUAUAUCACAGUUCUCUCCAAGACCGGAUCCGCUCAAGAAGCAUUGCAACUUCUGAGAAAAUCAACCGAAGCCUCUGACAGCCUCAGUCUUCCUAUGUGGACAGCAGUCUUGAGAGGGCUCGCUGCGGAAGGAAGAAUGGACGAAUUCUGGGAUGUCAUCCAGGAAGUUCAGGACCUUGUGGGCCCUCUCGAUGCAAUUUCACAUGAAGUCCUUGUCACAUUUUUCGCUCAGCAUGAUCAGAUUAGUACGCUGAAACGAGUUUUUGAACUUCCUCUGCAGGAGGGUCAGGUUCCUACAACAUCGUCUAUCGUCAAGGCUGUCGACUGUUGCAUCAAGAACGAUGAAACCAAAUGGGCUGCUCCCUUGGUCAAGUCGCUUUAUGAGCGAACCGAUGUCAGAGACAUUGCCGGAACUUUACUUCUAUGGUAUGCUGUCCAUGAUCCAAAUUACGGACAUAUCCGUCGACGACUGGAGGAAAUGAUUGAUUCGGAUGUCCCUGAUGCACUCACUAUCAAUACACUGAACCGCAUCAUUGAGUAUGCUUACUCGCAGCACAAUCCAGGAAAAGCGGAAGAGUAUAUGAACCUAGCCAAGCACCUUGGUUUGACCCUCGAUGCUCGAACACGAUCCCUUGAGCUGGACUAUGCAUUGCAUCAAGGUGACCGGUCAGGUGCUGCCAAAGCGUUUGAGAGUCUGUGUCGUGAGGAUAUUCCCUUGGACCGUUGCGAUGUACCAGUGCUCAAUCGAUACAUUGCCGACCUUUGCUUUUCGGCUGACCAUGAGUACAACCACCUGAUCAAAGUAGUCGACCACGUCAUUGAAACCAAUGCCGAUCUUACAGCCGAAGCCAUCGCCGGACUAUGCCACGUCUUCAUCAGAAAAGGCGAGCUCGAAGAAGUCGCAAAUCUGCUCCGCCACCGUGUCGAUUCUCUCCCUUCUGAUGAUCGAGCGCGGAUUGCCGCAGUCUUUCGCACCUACAUCGUCGAGAGUGAUGUCAAGGCUCAAGACGCCUUCAACGCCUAUGAGCUGUUCCGUCAUGCGUUCCCCGAAACUCGUGUGGCCGAUCGGUUACCUUUGAUGCAAUCCUUCUUCGACCGUUCACGCCCUGACCUCGCUUGCUUGGUCUUUGGUCACAUGCGGCAACGGCAUGAGCGCGACGUUCGACCGACAGCUGAAGCAUACGCCCAGUGUUUUGCGGGCAUUGCCAAUUGUAAAGAUAUCGAUGGCCUUCAAAUGGUAUACAACAUGUUGAAGUUAGACUUGGAGGUUGACCAAACCACUCGCAUCCACAACAGCUUGAUGGCCGCCUACGUCGAGUGUCAACAGCCAUUCGUAGCCAUCAUCGACCAUUUCUGGAAAAUUAUGGAAUCCAAAGAAGGCCCGACAUUGAGUUCAUUCCAACUGGCCCUUCGAGCCUGUGAGAAAUGGAUUCCGCAAGGCGGCCACGAAGCACGACAGAUCAUGGCUCUCAUGCAGAGUUUCAACCUUCGCAUCACCAAGGAAGUGUAUGAUCUAUACAUUGGCGCAUUGGCAGGGCAGUCAGAGUUUGAGAAUGUCGUCGACUUGAUCGAUCACAUGUUACAAGACAUUGGCGAGCAUCCAGACGCUUUCACGAUUGGAACAUUCUACAACGCCAUCCCAUGGCAGUACCGUAAAGACGAAGUCGCCAAGUGGGCCAAAGAAGCGUAUCCGGAGGAAUGGGCCGAAUUGGAAUCAUGGGGUGACGAAAUCGAUGAGGAAUGGGAGAUUCGAUAUUUCAAAAUGAAUCGAAACAGAGACAUUGAUAUGAACGACGAGCUCUUGUUUGAUAAGGGCGAAUAUACGCCUUAUAUUGCCAAGGAGUGGCAGGAGGCUUUGGAGAGACCCAAGGAUGGGUGAUUAAAUUGAUUGAUUGAUUCAUCCUUGUAUAUAUAUAUAAAUAAAAAUCGAGCCAGCACAGAGGAAUCUUCGGGUCCUUCGGCAGCUGAACAAUAUAUUAUACUAAUCGAGACAUCACUGCG